ACAGCGCACGCGCGUGAACUUGCGAUCUCGUUAUUUUCUCGCGAGAUCGUACAUGUUGGAAUGGCGGUCCUUCUUGAAACGACGCUCGGUGAUAUUGUGAUUGAUUUAUUCACAGAAGAAAGGCCAAAAGCUUGCCUCAACUUUCUGAAAUUAUGCAAGAUAAAAUACUACAACUACUGCCUUAUCCACAACGUACAGAGAGACUUCAUCAUCCAAACUGGGGACCCCACCGGGACGGGUCGGGGCGGAGAGUCGGUCUUCUGCAAACUGUACGGAGACCAGGCCCGUUUUUUCGAUUCCGAGAAAGCCCCACGUAUUAAACACAGAAAAAAGGGAACGGUGUCCAUGGUUAACAAUGGAAGUGACCAGCAUGGUUCACAGUUCCUCAUUACGACUGGCGAAAACCUGGAUUACCUGGACGGCGUGCACACUGUUUUCGGGGAAGUGUCGGAGGGAUUGGACAUUGUGGCUAAAAUCAACGAGACUUUUGUCGACACAGACUUUGUUCCGUUUCAGGACAUCAGAAUAAACCACACGGUGAUCCUCGAUGACCCUUUUGAUGACCCUGGGGAUCUCCCGGUGCCCGAUCGCUCUCCUGAGCCCACCAAAGAGCAGCUCGACAGCGGCCGGAUUGGCGCAGACGAAGCGAUCGACGAUGCCGACGGGAAAGCGGCUGAAGAAGUGGAGGAGAGACUUCAGGAGAAAGAAGCCAAAACCCGAGCCAUCCUGCUGGAGAUGGUGGGCGACCUCCCCGACGCAGACGUAAAGCCUCCCGAGGAUGUGCUCUUUGUGUGCAAGCUGAACCCAGUGACCACAGAUGAGGAUCUCGAAAUCAUCUUUUCUCGCUUUGGCCACAUUAAAAGCUGCGAAAUCAUUCGUGACUGGAAAACCGGAGAUUCCCUCUGCUACGCUUUCAUCGAAUUUGAAAAGCAAGAAGACUGUGAAAAGGCCUACUUUAAAAUGGAUAACGUGCUCAUCGACGAUCGGCGCAUUCACGUCGAUUUCAGCCAGUCUGUGUCAAAGAUCAAGUGGAAGGGGAAAGGUGGGAAGUACACCAAAGAGGACUUCAAGGCUUAUGAGAACGACUUGGAGAAGCGCUCCAAACUGACUCUGAAAGAUCAAGCGAAGCCCAAGCAAGAUUCCCGAUAUGACCUGCUCGUGGAGGAGGAGGAGGCGGCGCCGGGACAGAAAAAACAUAGAGAGAAGAGACAUCAUCAUUCGGAUGCCGAAGGAAGCAAGAAGUCCAAAAAACACAAGGACGACGAUGGCGGCCGGCGAGACCGCAAGUUGGACCGGCAGCGCUCCCGCUCCCGCUCCCGCUCUCGAGACAGGGAACGUCGGCACGCCAAAUCCAGGGACAAACACGUGAAAGGGGGACGGGACCGGAGUCGGAGGAGUCGCAGUCGGUCGCCCAGGAACUCCAAGGUCCAAGACAGAAGCAGAUACAGAUGAACUGCGUGCACUUCAUAUGUCCGUGUUAUCAAACGGCAAAAACGAUUCCGCCUCCUCAUCUCAUGACAUAUUUUCUUAACGCGCGUGGCAUAUACGGUAUUUGAAUGAAAUCCCUCGCCAUUGAAUUUCAGCCAGGUGCGCCGUGCAUUCACCUCCACUAUAUGGACAAAAGUAUUGAGACGCGUUGCGACACCGUCUGCGAAGUGCGCUCGGUUCAGCCGUAACGGCUUCCGGGAAGGUUUUUCGACACCAUUUCGGGGUGCGUCUGUCGGAAAGGAGUUCAUUUGGUCUCUUCAAGCUUCAGUCCACUCACAAGAGUCCACUAUAAUCACACUUGCAUUGUCUCAGUAGGUGAAUAUGUUAACGGUGUUUAACACACUCGUAUCCAGGUUACCAUUUUUCUAGGCGGAAUAUUUGGUCAUGAGAGCCUAUUUAGUGAGCUCUCUGUGUUUGGACAGCCGGCUAACUACUUGCUCCUCGUUACCUAUCAUGUGACCACUGUACCUGUCAUCUUGCACCGGCGCAUUAUUGUAAAUUAAAAAAAAAUGACCACAUAAAAUGAAUGAAUUCCUUGAAGUCACGUCUCGCUUCACGGACUUCUAUCCGACUGGACGAACAAAGCCGUUGACUCGCCGUCGGGAGAAGGGAAGCCGCUGGCGGCCAUCUUGCGUUGCCAGCCCGACCACCAAACUUGAACGCAUUCAUUUCUCCGUCGCAUUUUCACGUUCUUUUUUGUCUUUAUACCAUGAAUCCUCGCCGCGCCAGCGAUUCCCAGGAGGCCACCCAUCGGUCCAACGUGAAUACAGACGGUGGACUGCACCGAGCGUAGUUGCGGCCCCGCCCCUUCCAUAAACUCUUCUUCUUUUCAUAUUUCCAGACGAUUUCUUUCUGAGCUUUACGUGCAGUGAGUUGAGUGGCGAGUCCGAUUCCCCAAGUUCACUGAAAUCUAGUCCCGCAUAUCUGCAGCGGCCAUUUCAAUGAGAGGAAAGCUUUUCAUAUUUCACCUCUCUCUUUGUCUUUCGCUCCCGCGCUAAUUGGAGUCGGCUGUGGGAUAAUAAUAGAAGCCGUUGCGAAACGCAACGCUGACACCAAUUACGAGUAGGUUUUGCUCCAGGAAUUACGAGCGGCCAGGCUUAACCGACCCCCA